GAAUUGAUUUCAAGAUUAAAACUGUGGAACUUGGAGGAAAGAAGAUUAAGUUGCAGAUAUGGGAUACAGCAGGACAGGAGAGAUUCCACACAAUCACCACCUCCUACUACAGAGGCGCAAUGGGAAUCAUGCUUGUGUAUGAUAUUACAAAUGCCAAAACUUUCGAAAAUAUUUCAAAGUGGUUAAGAAAUAUAGAUGAGCAUGCCAAUGAGGAUGUAGAGAAGAUGAUCCUAGGGAACAAAUGUGAUAUGGAAGACAAGAGACAGGUGUCCAAGGACAGAGGAGAUGCAAUUGCAAGGGAACAUGGAAUUCCAUUUUUAGAAACCAGUGCAAAAGCAAAUAUUAAUGUAGAAAAAGCUUUUAUGGAUUUAGCACAAGCUAUAUUGAAUAAGACUCCAGGUAGAGAUGCACAACAAAGUAGUGGUAUAGAUGUUCACAGAAGUCAAGACACAGGAACAAAGAAAUGCUGCUAAUUAAUAUUAAAUACUGUCACUUCUAGUUUUUAAUAAACUCACAGGCCUAGUGGUGUCACAUAGGAUAUCUACAGUGUGCAAUGUUAAUACAUGUUAGUUGUCAUGUUCAGAAGCAAUCAGAACCAUUUACACAUAAUAAAUAAUUAAAUUUUGGUUUAAUUUUGCAGAAUUGUUAAAUUUAUUUCGUGUUUUUCAGAGGUUGAUUGAAAUAUAAGGGUUGAUCCGAAAGUAAUGUCACUUGGACCAUGUAAACCUUUGUAAAAAAAAAAAAAAAGGCGACAGAAAUUUAUAACCAAUUUUUACAGUACUUUCCGAAAACGUCAUAAAAAUAAUCUGGAUGUCGACUUUUGUUUAAAGGCGUGAUAAUGGCAAAUGUCCCAUGCACUGAUGUCAGAAGUCAGCAUUGUUUCUAAGCAGUCACAAGAGUUAGCACUACUUUGUGAUCUGAAACAUGAAUGAUGUUAUUAAAGUUUUAUCUAAAGACAGCAGCACUACUUUACUUCACAACAUUAUAAUAUCAUGAUUUUGAGCGUUCUUUUGAUGUUAAUUAAUGACGAAACAAACCUUAUUCUCACAUACAGCAAAAUGGCGUAGACGAUUUUGAAUUUCCAUAUAUUUUACAUGAAACAAACCUAGUCAGUACUAUUUACUCAUGUUACUAGAACUGAAUAUACAUUCCAAUAUAAUUUUAGUAAUGAUACAAAAAUGAAUAAUGGCAAAAUGUACACAGUGACAUUACAUUCGGAUCAACUCUCGUAUGAUAUAACAUUACAUCCUGAUGAACUCGUUGUUUUUCAAGAAGAUUAUAAGGUAUGAACGCCGAUAAUGUAAUUUGGCAUUUUCUGUCUGAGCAAAAGAAGCUCUGAGACAUUCUUAGAAGAAUAUAUAAUUGUAUGUAAACGAAGUCAUUUUCAUUAAAAUGUUUUAUUUUUCCAUACAUGAAUGUUAAAUGACUUUUAAUGAAGUAUUGGUAAAUACCACAUAGGAGACACAAAAUGAAAUGUGUCUUGUUUUUACAUGUUAGAGCAAACACUUCCACUAAUGGAACACCAGAUUUCAUACUUUCAUGCCACUUUACACAUGCCAGAUAUAGAGGAUGGUUUUUAUGCCCCCGAAGGGAGGCAUAUAGUUUUUGAACCGUCUGUCGGUCCGUCGGUCUGUCGGUCCGUCGGUCUGUCAGUCUGUCCGCAAUUUUCGUGUCCGGUCCAUAUCUUUGUCAUCGAUGGAUGGAUUUUCAAAUAACUUGGCAUGAAUGUGUACCACAGUAAGACGACGUGUCGCGCGCAAGACCCAGGUCCGUAGCUCAAAGGUCAAGGUCACACUUAGACAUUAAAGGAUAGUGCAUUGAUGGGCGUGUCCCGUCCAUAUCUUUGUCAUCGAUGGAUGGAUUUUCAAAUAACUUGGCAUGAAUGUGUACCACAGUAAGACGACGUGUCGCGCGCAAGACCCAGGUCCGUAGCUCAAAGGUCAAGGUCACACUUAGACAUUAAAGGAUAGUGCAUUGAUGGGCGUGUCCGGUCCAUAUCUUUGUCAUCGAUGGAUGGAUUUUUAAAUAACUUGGCAUGAAUGUGUACCACAGUAAGACGACAUGUCAUGCGCAAGACCCAGGUCCGUAGCUCAAAGGUCAAGGUCACACUUAGACGUUAAAGGUCAUUUUUCAUGAUAGUGCAUUGAUGGGCGUGUCCGGUCCAUAUCUUUGUCAUUCAUGCAUGGAUUUUAAAAUAACUACGCAUGAAUGUGUGACUCAGUAAGUCGACGUGUCGCGCGCAAGACCCAGCUCCGUAGGUCAAAGGUCCUAAACUCUAACAUCGGCCAUAACUAUUCAUUCAAAGUGCCAUCGGGGGCAUGUGUCAUCCUAUGGAGACAGCUCUUGUUGUUUCAGUGUCAGAUUGAAAUAUCUUUUACUAAGUGACCACUGGGUAUUAUCUUCACCAGUGGCCCAGGAAAUGUAAUAUGUAUGGUGGCCAUGAAUGAAAAAAUAUUUUGAUCUUUACAUGUAAAACAAGCAAUUUUCUUUUAUUUCUUGUUUCUCCAGUUAUUUUACCCAUUGUAUAGCUCCGUACUACUGAAAAGUAUUAAAUAUUUCUUUCAAUUUUAAGUAAGAUAUAUAUUUUACUGUUAUAUUUCAAUAAAUCACUGAAAAACA